CUAAGCUGCGUGCCGUCAUACCUUUGGCUUCUCCCACGGCUAUAUUGUGUCGUACGUAGAGAGGUAUAUACAUAUAUAGCUAUGUAGAUGGAGCACCCGAGGUCAGCUACACGCCUCUUGUGCACCACCAAAGAGAGCAGUAUGUGUAUGAUGCUGGUAGCUAGGGGGUAGGGGGGCCAAGGGGUCGGCCAAUCUACAUGAUGAUGAAGCCCCCCAGGUUUCGACGAGGCCAUUACCCAAUGCCUUUGAUCUUGGUCUUGAAGAGCCGUGAUAUCUGGAUAUUCUAGUUGAUAGCAAUCUAACUACCCACCUAGCCAGACCCGUGUGCCGUCUCUUCACGAGUCGUCGUGUCCAGACGUGGCUAGGCGCGUGCUUAAGGUUCAGACCUCCCCCCACCAUCUCUCGCCCUAUGGAGCCGCUGUUGCACAGUCAAUACAGCAUUCCACUCACUCCCGUCUCAAUCCAGAGCAGACGCACCAAAGAGAGAAAGGCAGAAAGAGAGAGAGAGAUGGAGAUCAGCAGGACGGCAGGACGGCAGGACAGCAGGCCCAAAACAAUGCAGUUUCACCCCCAAACUGUCAAGUCGACCACCACCACCACCAAUGUUUCUGCCUCGCGUCCAUCCUGCACCGGGCCCUGCGAUGAUGCCAGAGGACGGGCGAUGGGUGCCUUUAGCUCGGCAAUAACGCUCUUGGAAAUCCAGACUGGCGGAAAGCCGACUGCGUAUUGACCCAACUGCCCACCACCUCCUAUCGCGCUGCCGUUCGUGGGCCUUGCUCCAGAGAGUCCAGGGUGUCGAGUGUGCCCUCGCCCUGUAGCCCGCUUCUGUGACUGACGAGCCGAAGCUGCAAUUUGCAUUCGUCCAACAACUCUGCCAAUCCAUGAUGCAUGCAUGCUGCUUGCUGCAUGGAAGCGUCUCCGUUGAAAAGGAACGCCUUGGAUCGAUCCCUCUGCUUCC